AACCAGAGGACUCAGUACUCUCUUUCCCUCAAACCACACUUUUCACACUCUUCUCUUAUCACUUUUUCGACGAGAGCAUCGGCGGCGAGGGCUAUGUCCACAACGGACGAGGAGGCUUCAAUAUCUACAAGGCUCGAGCCAGAAAACUAUGGGCUGACGACGGCGGAGGACAUUCGCCGACGGGAUAGAGAAGCUAAAGAAUCCAAGAGGUUGAGUGACACGUGGCGGAAGAUCCAAGGGGAAGAUGAUUGGGCCGGGUUAAUGGAUCCUAUGGACCCGGUUCUGAGAUCCGAACUGAUCCGGUACGGUGAAAUGGCCCAGGCCUGUUACGACGCCUUCGAUUUCGAUCCAUUCUCAAAGUACUGUGGGAGCUGCAGAUUCACGCGCCGUCACCUGUUCGAUUCGCUCGGGAUACUCGAUUCCGGCUACGAGGUGGCGCGUUAUCUCUACGCGACGUCGAACAUCAACCUCCCUAACUUCUUCUCGAAAUCGAGAUGGUCCAAGGUGUGGAGCAAGAACGCCAAUUGGAUGGGUUACGUGGCGGUUUCCGACGACGACGAAGCCACGCGCUGCCGUUUAGGACGCCGAGACAUCGCGAUCGCAUGGAGAGGGACCGUCACGCGGCUCGAGUGGAUAGCGGAUCUCAAGGAUUUCCUAAAACCGGUAUCCGGAAACGGAUUCCGGUGCCCCGACGCGGCCGUUAAAGCCGAAUCCGGGUUUCUGGAUCUCUACACGGACAAAGACACGUCCUGCAAUUUCUCAAAAUUCUCGGCGCGUGAGCAAGUUCUGACGGAAGUGAAGCGGCUGGUAGAAAGGUACGGCGACGAGGAAGAAGAAGAACUGAGCAUCACCGUGACGGGGCACAGUCUCGGCGGUGCGUUGGCGGUACUUAGCGCGUACGACGUGGCGGAGAUGGGUCUGAACAGAACUAGGAAAGGAAAAGUGAUCCCGGUAACGGCGUUCACGUACGGAGGACCGCGCGUUGGGAACAUACGAUUCAAGGAGAGAAUUGAGGAAUUGGGAGUGAAGGUGUUGAGGGUGGUGAAUGAGCAUGACGUGGUGGCUAAGUCGCCGGGACUGUUUCUGAACGAGCGUGCGCCACAGGCGCUAAUGAAAUUGGCGGGAGGAUUGCCGUGGUGCUACAGCCACGUGGGGGAAAUACUGCCGUUGGAUCAUCAGAAGUCGCCGUUCCUUAAGCCCACCGUUGAUCUUUCAACUGCUCAUAACUUGGAAGCUCUCCUCCAUCUCCUUGACGGAUAUCAUGGGAAAGGGAAGAGAUUUGUGUUAUCAAGUGGGAGAGAUCCAGCGUUAGUGAACAAAGCAUCUGAUUUUUUGAAAGACCAUUUCAUGGUCCCUCCCUAUUGGCGCCAAGACGCAAACAAAGGGAUGGUCAGGAACACUGACGGCCGUUGGAUUCAACCAGAUCGCAUCCGUGCAGAUGAUCAUCAUGCUCCUGACAUACAUCAACUUCUCACCCAACUCCACCAUCCAUCACAACUCUUGUAAUUUUAAUCGAUUUCUUCUUCUUUUUUCUUUUUUUUUAUCUUCCUAAUUUGUGUCAUUGCUUUUUUACAUUACAUAGAAACAAAAAUAUGUGUUCCUA